CUUUAUGAAUCUCAUCUAAGCAAUACAGAAACUGCAUCGGUAACGGAAGGGGAGAAACCCCCCCCCACCUGCCUGCCUGAAAGCUGGAAGCUGUGGGACUCACCCCACCAUGGCUUUGGUGACAGCUGGCAGGCCGUGGUCCAGCAGGGAGGAGGGCCUCCCUUACGCCAACUCCACCUCCCCUCGUCCCAAGGAGUGAACCUGUGGUGACAGCACCACCACAAAAUAUUGCUGGUGACAGCGAGCACUGGCCCAAGCUCAUCCCCCUGCGGAGGCUGGAACAAAGUUCUGACAAGAUGUGCAGUGCAAAAAGUAAAUCAUUAAUAUUUAUCGGACUGCUUUUCAGCUGCCUAGAAAUGAUCUCUUCAGCUGACACAGGUUUCUCUAUGUCUACAUACGAUGUGACAUCACGAAGCAUUUAUCUCAGAUGGCCCAAGUUUUCAGGAGCCUCUUCUUACAGAGUCACAGCCACAGCUGUGAAUACUGUGGGCCAUUCAUUGCUGGCUCAUUUUAGUGAUGUUACGCUUAAAGGAACUCUAACUUCAUUAAUUCCCAAUACUAUUUAUGCUAUACAAGCGGAAGCCAUUGACAAGAAUGGAUUUAUUCUUGCAGAAACACAGAUCAUGCAGUCAACAGCUCCAGACAUACCUGUUAUUGACCAAGCUUAUUCAAAACUUAGCAACAGUAUCACAGUGGAAUGGAGAGCGGUACCUGGGGCUACUGGUUAUCUGCUGACUGCACAGGAUGGAGAUUCCUUCGUUGAAACUGUAGUUACAGAUUCUCCAGGCACAGUGACGGGACUGAAACCUGCCACCUUGUACAGAAUCACUAUCAGAUCUAUAAAUUCAGGAGGAAAAAGCCAGCCUUCCCCUUUCAGAAAAGCAAAGACAGUCCUGGCUGCUCCGAUUCUGUCUGUCAGUUCUCUGAGUUGUGACUCCAUUGCAGUGAGCUGGAAAGCUGUGUACAUGGCAGCUGGGUUCUCUGUGUCCCUCAUGAGGUCAGAUGGUUUGGGCAGAAUGCUGAAGGAGAACACCACCAACACCUCCUUGAUAUUUACAAAUCUAGAUCCAGGAACUCUCUAUACUAUCAAGGCAUACGCCUGGAAUGUCAAUGGAAUCCCUGGAGAUGAUUUCACAUAUAACCAAAGAACAAGUCCUAAGGCACCAGCGGAUGUUCAAGUAUCUUUUAACAGUGGUGCUUUAAGAGCGAUUGUUUCUUGGAUGCCAACAGAAGGAGCUCUGACUUACAGCGUGACAGCCUCCAGGGGACUCUUGGAACUGAAGUGUAACACCUCUUCUGCCUCCUGCCUGGUGCCAUCGCUCCAGUGCGGCUCUGAGUAUUAUGUUUCUGUCACGGCAUACAACGAUGCUGGAUCCAGUAAACCUACUGACCCAGUGAGCUUAAAAACUAUUCCUUGUGCACCAGUAAAUAUAUCCAUUGAAGAGGAUGAACCUGGCCACUUGUUGGUAUCAUGGACUAGUGUCAGUUUUGGUGAUUAUUAUGUGGUUUUUGUGAAGAGUGAUGAUGGCCUGGAAGUGCACUGCAACACGUCACAUACUCAAUGCCAUUUCCAGUCGGACUGUGGCUUCACUUAUUUCAUUAGUGUCUUUGCAUAUAACAAGGCUGGGCAGAGUCCUUUAGGUGAUGUAUUCAAUUACACUACUGCUCCCUGCAGUCCUGAAAUUAAAAAUAUCUCAAAGGAGGCUCGCUCUGUCAUCAGUGUGCACUGGCAAUCUAACAACGAAGCAGCUACCUAUAUUGUCACUGCCAGAGGAGAGGCUGGACUUUGGCAUUGCACAAGCUCUGGAAAUUCCUGUACUCUAUUUAAUAUUCCCUGUGGAUCAGCUUUCUCUGUUAGUGCUAUAGCAAAAUCACCAGCAGGACAGAGCUUACCAAGCUACAGUGUCCCUUUAGAGACAGCUCCUUGUUGCCCUGAUGAGCUGAUGCUAACUCAAGUGACACAGUCUGUAACAAAUAUCAGCUGGUCUGUUGGGAUGGGUGCACAGACAUACAUAAUGACCCUGGAGUCUCCAAAAGGACAGGCAAAGUGUCACACUCUUCAAAACUACUGUCUCCUGGGAUGCAUCACAUGUAGCACCAACUACACAGUAUCUCUGAAAGCAAUCAGUGAAACGGGUUUGACUUCCAGUUGCACAUAUCAAGGAUAUUCUUCCAGUGCUUGUUGCCCUUCUGGGGUGAAGCUCUUUAGACUCAGCAAUAACGGAAUCAGAGUGUACUGGCGAGCUUCUGAUGAGAGGAUAAACUAUAACACUGAUUUACAUGGCUCAAAAGGCAAUUUCACCUGUAGCCCCAGCUCAGGUCUAAGUCACUGCGAUAUCACCGAGAUACCUUGUGGGGAUGUCUACACAGUGGUAGUAUCUCCAGUUACUGAUAAAGGGACGAAGCUCACAUUUUGUCCUAAAAGAAUAUAUUCAGUAACCUGUUCUGGAAGCUCUGUUGGAAUGGUGAUUUAUAGAGGAAAGAGCAAUGCAGAACAACAUGUCUAGGUGAAAAUUCUGUUUCAGAUAAGGCGUUUUGAGAGGUGACUCAUGAGUGUAAGCAAGCGUCCUCUUCGCAUAAACUGACUGGUUUUGCUUUGUGACUAAUGAAGGGCUGACAGUUACUACUAAAAUUUUUAUUUCCCGUUUUUUGGAAAAGGCAGAAUCUUUUCUCAUACUACACAGUGGUUACUUUUUCAGCCAACAUGGAAAGCAAAGUUCAAGUUCCAAGGGUUCUACAGACACAAAACAAUUACUCCAAGAUACCUUACAAAAACAAUCUUCAGCAGCUUAUGUAUAAAGGUUACCCAAAGGCAACAGGGUUUUUAACACUAUUUUCAGCUUAUAGAAAUAGAUUCUGAAAGUCUGAAAGGCAUUCUGAAAGUUUCCUGUCUUCUCAGGACACAGUUGUACUGGGUGUCUCAGUCACUGCUGCUUAAAAUAAUCUUGCACAAAAUAAUCUCAGGGGAAUCUCACUUCAGUACAUUGACUGUAGAUGGCCCAAGAACUACAUGUUGCUUCUUAGAACGUGAUCUGCAUUUAUUCAGUGUCAAACAAGUCUUUCUUUAGGGAAUAUUAUUUAAAACUGUCCUGCAUAACUUAGUAAAAAGCUUGUUUUAUUCCUCAUUUGAAAAAAAAAAAGUAAGAAUGUAAAAAUAAGUAUCGUUCACAACUUUCUUCCUGAGGGUUUUAUUUAAAUAUUUUUUCUUUGCAGUCACUGUUGUCAAACAAUGUCACCAAAGCCUAAGUGUUUAACCGGAUGGCUAGUAACUGGAUUUUCAGAGGUCUAAAGCAAUCAGUUUAUCUUGGAAUCCAAUUCAAGCCACAGCUUUCUUGUUUUCAUAUAAACAAUUCCAUGCUCUUACGUGCUGCUACAACCUUUAGAAUGCUGUAGUACUAUUUUCAUCAACUCCUCUUAUUUUCAUGAUUGAAAACAAAAAGUGUAAUUGAACAGAAUGUAUUAUUUGCAUGUCUGUUAAAAAAAAAAAAAUAAAAGGAAAAGAAAAGAAAAAUGCUGAAGAGGAGUUAAGAUUCCAAAGAAAAUUACAUUGAUUCAGUUCAAAGAAAUUAGUUAGAAGAUGGACAGUUUACCAAACAGGGAGGAAAAGCAACACAACCAGAGCCAGAUCCACUCCUGCUAUGGCUGUGUAUAUGUUGCAGGCGUUGUUACUUACACAUUAGACAUUGUCUAAUGAUACUUAACACUGCUGAUCUGUGAAACAUCACUGGCGCUUCCUGAGGUGAUGAAAAAGCUUUAGUCAGGAUUAGUUUUGGAUUCUCUCCAGAUUGAGGCAAAUAUUUGUGGUUUUUUUUUUAUGGGUCACACUGGCUUGUUUUAAGAUCACAGGAAAGGACAAUGAGAUGUAGUGUUUCCAUAGAUGUAGUUUCUAUACUGUUUACUAGUAUGAAGCUCUGGUCCUUCAUGAAGCAAAAAAAGCAAGCAACCAAAUAAACCCAAAUAAACGCCAAAAUAACAAAAACCCCCACCAAGCCCCCAACCAAUCAACGUCCCCCUCCAACCAAACCAACCCUCCAGACCUCAAGAAGCACGCAGAGGUAGGCAGCAUAUUGGUAUGCCACGUAAAAUGAAUGCUUUCAGAACAGUAUCUGUGAAAUCGCUUAUACUAACAAAUUAGGUGAUUAAAAACACAUGAUGGAUGCCUUCAUUAAUGCUUACUUAAUAAAAAAUGUCAACUGAAGGAAUAAUUUUAAAGAUGUAUUAGUUGCAAUUACACAGAUGAACACUUGCCAACAAAAUCUGUACAUACUGUAACAAAUAAAAAUUAUUUGUAAUUGUAUUUGACACAGAAGUAAUAGCUCAAAAAUUUGAUAGGCUCUUUUCAGUCCAGUAAAAAAACUGGGAAAAAUCUAUCCUUCAGUUGGUUUCAGAUUUGACCCCAAAUUGCUGAGACUGAAGAAGUGUUCUCCCACAUCCAACUAUUGUUGGGGAAAAUAAAUAAAUAAAUUCAAUUUAAAAAAAAUCCAAAAACUACAUUGCCAAACCUCAAGUGGCAUUUAAAUGCUGGUUUACCCUGCUUAAUAGCUGGGGGACGUCUCCCAUAUGUAAAGUUAGAUGCACUUCAUAGCAGUGCAGAAAGGGCCUAAACAGCUACCAAAGCCAGUAGAAGUCACCUAUUUCUUUCAGGUUCCCCUUAAGAGAUCCCAUCUUUGAGUCAGUACAGUAAUGAGUCAGCUGUGAAUACUAGAAGUAUGAGCUCAUUCGUGUUUCUUCAUCAAGAUAUAAAUGAAAGUAUAAAAAAACCAUGGGUAUGGAUGGUGUUCUAAGUACCCCACAAUGUCGUGAGAUAAAUUGCCCUGCCAUUCAGGUCACCUUUUUCAAUACAGAUAGACAAUAAAAAUACCACUCUUAUUUAAAAGUCAGAUUCAUACAAGUCCUUUUGUACUAAUCACCUGCAGUUACGUGACAGUAGGUAGAUCUCUGGGGCCAAAGCCU